AUGGGCUCCCAGGUUCUACAGACUCUGCGCCAGGGGGUCUGGGCAUCUCUGACGGGUGGCUGGUACCAUGAUCCGGAUCAGAACAAAUUCAACAACUCGUGUCACCUUUAUUUGUGGAUUUUUCUCCUAAUGCUACCUUUGUCCCUCCAUCUGGCACUACCUCCCACAGCUAUGGCUUUAAGCAUAUACUGCUCCUCUGUCACCAUUUUCUUCAUCUUAAUCAAGAUGGCCAACUAUCGGCUACAUGUGAUGUUUGAUGAAGGCGAGGCAGUGGUCCGGAACAGCCUCUCGGAUCUAAGCAGAGCUCAUGACAAGAAGAGUAAUGCCUCAGAUGCAUGUUCUGCUGGUACAAGAAAGAGCAGUACUGUGCCAGACAGCGUCCCCAUGUCCAUGCUGGGCCGGAAACGCACAAGUCCCGUAAUCCAAGUGACCAUAAAACAGACAGAAACAGACCCAGGGCUGGUAGGAAUGGAGGACUUGAAAGGUGAAAUAAAAGCUGCUGAAGGACAAGUGUUGAGUACUGCUGAGCAGAGGCCUUUGGCAGUAGGUUUACAACUGAGUCCAGAGCCAUUUCCUGAGGAUCUGUCUAGCCCCAACCCUGACCAGGCCGCUCCUCUGCUGCUGGCCCAGCAGAGACCUUCAUCCAAGGGGGAGAGGGAGGAGGUGUGUGCAGAGUCCUCUGGGGCAAAUGUAGGACCAGAAACAUCUAAAACAACACAGAAAAAAGAAGAGGAGAGUCAGAGCUCUCACAAAAAAAUGUCAAGAACUGAAAUGCCAAAAUCCUCAGAUUCUGAAAAAGAUAAAGAUUGUGACAGUAAAGAGGCGUCAGACCAGGAAACGGCUGAUGAAGGCCUACCGCCUUCUAAAGGAAGUGGAGAUGAUAGUGAGGAGGAGCAACAGGUACAAAAAGACUCCUCAGAUGCAAACAAUAACUCAGUCCUGAGCUCGCAGCAUGACGAGGAGUAUGUGGACAUACCAGAACUACCAUUACAGUCUGAAGAAGUGGAGGAGGCCUUCUGCUCAGAUGAGAUAGAAGUGGUUCUGGUUGAUAACUCCAGGCCAGGCCCAGUCUUCUCUCACCUGGACGACAGCGACACAGUCAAAAUCAUCAUCACCAUGUCAUGUGACCCUCAGCUGGAGGAAAGUGUGAAGCAGAGCCUGCUGGAAAAUGCACAGGCACAGAGAGAUUCUGGAGAAUGCCACAUCACGAUCCCCGUCAUCACUUUUGACACCCCAGAUGAGGAGCAACACAGUGCCAAAGGAAGAGAAGAGUCAAAGGAGUUUGAGGAUGAGGAGGACAAUGACACACCCAAACAGCAAAUGAGUCCUACUGAAGAGUUCCACCUUUGCAGAGAAACAGCCUGCUCUGACCCCCCCACUGUGGAGGCGGAGGCAGGCCUUGACAACAUGGGACUGCAGCUGACUUCAGAGAGCACUCCCAGCCCGGAGGUCACCAACAACAACAGCUCUUCUGGCAUCGACAUGAACUCUCAUCCUGACGACACAGACCCAUUGGAGGCCAAGACAGACCUGCGAGGGUUUCUGCGCAUCCCGCCUGCACUGGGCCGUUAUGGACCAGGAGGGAGGACCCACAUCCGAGGGCUCAGCAUGGACAGUGGAAAAGAUGCGGUGCUGCUGUCCGAUCGAACCAAUCCAACAACAAUGACAAGUUCCAAAUCUGACCUGGAAGCCAAGGAAGGCCAGCUUCCCAAUGAGUCCAAUUUUUUGGAGUUUGUUUCAUUGAUAGGGUCAUUAAACAUUCGCAUGGGGGCAGAAAGUUCACAGGAGAAAGAUGCAUCAGAAGAUAAAAAAGAAGAGGAUGCUGCAGAAGACCAUCUAAGUAACACCUCUCCUCUGGGUGAAGCAGUUACAGAGACCAGUGCAAACAUCGACACAGAAAGGCCUAAACCUCCAUCCAGUCUCCCCACCCGACAGGCCAUACCCCCCACACACAUCCCCAUCGUCUCCCCUGACAGUCUGCAGACUGAGAAAGACCCUGAUUAUGACUCGUUGCCUUCACAAACCUCUCAGUCGGAGAGCUCCAUGCUGCAGGUGAUCUGCAGACCAGAGGCCACCAACAAAGAGGAGGCCUACACCUUCCACACUGUGCACCGAGAUCGACCACGUAAACUAUAUGCAGAAAGAGCCCUAAACUUGCCACUUGGAGCUGAACUCAUAACAGGAAAUAUGUGUGAUCUUCUUUCCACUUCCUCCAACUCUGAGUGUCAGGACGGACUGAUGGCUCACUCCGACUGUCCUUUCCAGCGACGCAUCAUCCCGGCUCACAGGCUGCGGCCCAGACGGACGCACCCCGAGAUCUUUCAGGAAGAAGACUCUUUGGAUGAAUCAUCAGAAGCAUCCACACAAGAAAAGCCAAAACAAAAAAUUUAUUAUAAACUAAGAUUAUUUCCUGGUAAAAGGAUCAAUAUCCUUUAUGACCGCUUGACCUUGAUGGCACUGCUGGACAGAAAUCAUGAGGUCUUAGAGAAUCUUGUGGCAGUCUUUAUGGCAUUUCUGGUGUCCUUUCUGGGGUUUGUUCUUCUCAAUCAUGGCUGCUUCAAGGACUUCUGGGUGUUUCAGUUCUGCCUGGUUAUUGCUAGCUGUCAUUAUUCUCUACUAAAGAGCGUUCAACCAGAUGCAGCUUCCCCUACACAUGGUCACAAUCAGUUGGUGGCUUACAGUCGUGCGGCCUACUUCUGCAUCUUCUGCGCUCUGAUCUGGGUGUUGGAGCAGCUGCUGAUAAUGAAAGACCUGCCCAUCUCUAAUUUGUAUGGAGUCACUAUCGCCUGCCAUGACGCUCUGAGCUUCGUUCGGGACAUGUUAGUGGGUUUUACAUACUGCUUCCCCAUCACGUUCUUAGUGGGCCUUUUCCCUCAGAUCAACACUUUCACUAUCUACCUGUUGGAGCAGAUUGACAUGCACCUUUUUGGCGGCACAGCUGCUACAAGUCUGCUAUCUGCAGUCUAUAGCAUUCUGCGCAGUCUCACAGCCCUUUUUCUUCUUUAUGGGUUCUGCUUCGGUGCUCUCAAGGAACCUUGGGACGAGCAGCACACUCCUGCUCUGUUUUCCAGUUUCUGUGGCCUUCUGGUCGUCUUUUCUUAUCAUCUCAGCCGCCAGAGCAGUGACCCUACUGUACUCAUGUCUCUGGUCAAGGCAAAGCUCAUGCCAACUCUAGUGGAGACUGAGGAAGAGGAGGAAGAGGAGGGGGACGAGGAGGAAGGAGCUGACAUCAAAGACCCGCUGCCGGAAAAACUGCAAAACUCAAUGACAAAUAUUUUGCUCUCUGACUUGGUUGUCUGCUCCGUUGCCUACAUUCUCACGUUUGCCCUCACAGCGAGUACAGUGUUUCUGUCUCUGAAGCCUUUUGUCACAAUUGUGCUCUAUGCUCUGGCUGGGACAGUGGGUUUUGUCACCCACUAUCUCAUUCCUCAGCUCAGGAAGCAUCACCCAUGGCUGUGGAUCUCUCAUCCAGUUCUGAAGACCAAAGAGUACUAUCAAUUUGAACCCAGAGAGGACGCAGUGUUGAUGUGGUUUGAGCGGCUCUAUGUUGGACUGCUGUGCUUUGAAAAGUAUGUGGUCUAUCCUGCCAUCGUACUAAGUGCUCUCACCAAUGAUGGUUUUGCUCUUAGUCAUCGGAAGAAGCUGGGAAUACAUUGUGAUGCCCUCUUGACAACAGUUGCCGGGCUGAAACUUCUUCGCUCAUCUUUCUGUGAUCCCAGCUUUCAUUUCCUCACACUUCUUUUCACACUGGUGUUUUUCCACUUUGACUGUCCCCGUGCCUCAGAGAGCUUCCUUUUAGACUUCUUCAUCAUGUCCAUUGUCUUCCACAAAAUGCGGGAGCUGCUGCUGAAGCUUCAUUUCAUCCUGGUCUACAUCGCUCCGUGGCAAAUUGCUUGGGGGAGUGCGUUUCAUGCCUUCGCUCAGCCGUUUGCUGUGCCUCACUCUGCCAUGCUGCUGCUGCAGACCCUCAUCACCACUGUCUUCUACACACCUCUGGCUCCUUUUUUGGGCAGUGCCAUUUUCAUUUCAUCCUAUCCACGGCCAAUCAAGUUCUGGGAGCGUAACUACAACACAAAGCGUAUUGACAAUUCCAACAGCCGACUGGUUUGCCAAGUCGACAAAGAAACAGGGUGUGAUGAUAACAACCUAAACUCCAUUUUCUACGAGUACCUGACGCGGUCACUGCAGCACUCGCUCUGUGGGGAUCUGCUUCUGGGCCGCUGGGGGAACUACAGCGCUGGAGACUGCUUCAUCCUGGCCUCGGACUACCUCAACGCUCUGGUCCAUCUCAUCGAGAUUGGGAAUGGUCUGGUCACCUUCCAACUGAGAGGACUAGAGUUUAGAGGCACAUACUGCCAGCAGAGGGAGGUAGAGGCCAUCACAGAAGGCGUGGAGGAGGAUGAUGGGUGUUGCUGCUGUGAGCCAGGACACCUUCCACAUACGUUGUCUUGUAAUGCGGCCUUCAACCUGCGCUGGCUGGCCUGGGAGGUGAUGGCCACCAAGUACCUGCUGGAGGGAUACAGCAUCAGUGAGAACAAUGCUGCUACCAUGCUACAAGUGUAUGACCUGCGCAAGCUACUCAUCACAUACUACCUGAAGAGUAUUAUCUACUACCUGGUGCACUCUCCCAAACUGUCCACUUGGAUGAAGGACGAGUCGGUCCAGGAGGCGCUGCAGUCGUACACAAAGUGGCACCACAUCGAACGUGACCCACAGGUUUUCAGCGUGAAGAUCGAUGAAGAUUACGUGCACUGUCUGCAGGGAGUGACCCGCGCCAGCUUCUGCAACGUCUAUCUGGAGUGGAUCCAAUACUGCGCGGGAAAAAUGGAAACUCCUGUGGAGUGUGAUGAAGACUCCGCUUUGGUCACUCUGUCUUAUGCUCUCUCUGUCCUGGGAAGACGAUCUCUCGGCACAGCAUCUCACAAUAUGUCCAACAGCUUGGAGUCGUUCCUGUAUGGGUUCAACACACUGUUUAAAGGAGACUUUCGUAUUGGCACCAAAGAUGAGUGGGUGUUUGCUGAUCUCGAUCUUCUGCAGAAGGUUGUAGCUCCAGCCGUUAGAAUGAGCCUUAAAUUACACCAGGACCACUUCACAUGCCUGGAAGAGACCGAGGAGGCUUCCAUCUUGUACGAAGCCAUCACCAACUACCGCAGCAGUCUGGUGAUCUGCCAUGAGAGUGACCCAGCGUGGAGGAAGGCAGUGCUGUCCAGCCGAGACACGCUGCUCACUCUUCGACACAUGAUUGACGACGGCACGGACGAGUACAAGAUCAUCAUGCUGUACAAACGCCACCUCAGCUUCAAGGUCAUCAAGAUCAAUAAGGAGUGUGUGCGAGGCCUGUGGGCCGGGCAGCAACAGGAGCUGGUGUUUUUACGGAAUCGCAACCCAGAACGCGGCAGCAUCCAGAACUCCAAACAAGCGCUACGGAACAUGGUCAAUUCAUCUUGUGACCAACCACUGGGCUACCCCAUGUACGUAUCUCCAUUGACAACAUCAUUUGCGGGGACCCACAGAACCUUGCAAAGUAUUGGGGGAGGAGCUCUGAGCCUCGAUGCCAUCCGCUCUUGGUUCUGCACCAAAUGGUUAAGGGUGCGCAAAGACAACCUGACCAGCUGUAACAGCGGCGUCAACAUGGAGGACGUGGACUGUGGAGCUGGAGGAUCCUCGUCUCUGAGCCACAACCGUCCGUCCUCAGUGACCUCCAACAGCCUGAGCCUGUACCAGAACAGGGCCCGCAGCUCGCACAGCCGCCGCCAGCACAGCUCUGGCAGGAGAGAGUACCGCAGUCGCUCAGUGCAGCCUCAGAGCCAGCGUCCUCCUGUCACCAGCCAAUCAGGACCCAUCCUAGACACAGGCUCCGCCCACGGCCUGGUGCAGCGCCUGUCCAACAGUCAGCUGUCUUUUAACACGUCUAUAGCCUCAAUAUUCUCACAGGUCCCUCGUCUUUCGGGGGCCGCUGGGAUCAACUCACAGAUGCAGAAUGCACAGCAGCAGCAGCAACAUCAGCGAUCCAGUCAGGUGUCGUCGUCCUCGUCCACUCUGAGCCUUCUCUUUGGGAAGAGGAGUUUCUCCAGUGGUUUGGUGAUCUCUGGUCUGUCUGCGGCUGAGGGAGGAAACACCACAGACACACAGUCCUCCUCCAGCGUCAACAUCGCCCUCACCGGACCCUCACACCGCUCCUGCAGCCGCGCCACACAGUGGACAACUGAGCCUUAUGAGAGUAUAGACGGCUCCUCCUCGAAUACUGCCGUUUGUACGAAAGAUGCCACGCAGUCAUGUGACCGAGACGGAGCUCCAGGAUUGGACAAAACGCAAGAAGAGUCCGAAUCUGCCUCCACUGCACCGGAACCUACAGAUCAAAAGACCGAGGAGUGA